CCCAGUUGCCCUGCUGGUAACUGGGGACACAUGCUGCCUCUUUCUCCAUAACAGCUGGUGGGACUCUCUGCCUGUGGCCAGGGCGUUCUCUGUUGGAGCCACUAGCUCUGCUGCCCUCCACGUCCCAGCAGGGAGACUUUCAAGGGGGUGUCAGUCUGCUGUGGCCAACUCUACUGCAGCUGGCUCCCCUCUCCCCGGGGGUGGGUGUGUGUCUCAGCCAGGCAGACUCAGCAGCCAGCUGUGCAUUGGGCCCGGUUGGAAGGUUUUAUUCACAAUAACGGGGCAAGAAGUUUAAUGCUUAAAAAGGACCAUUUAUGUUCUGUGGGCAUUGGGUGGGACCCUAUGGGAGCCCUGGGUGACGGGCACCAGUGCAGUCCAACCCCAGCCUUUGGGGAGGGUGGGCAGCUGCCUGCCCAGAGCUGGUCACCUGAGCAGGAAUCGCUCUGCUCCUGGGCUGACCAUCCGAUCCGAUCUGGGAUAUGACUAUUAAUCAACAGAAACUCAUGGGUGUUUCCCGCAGGAUGGGCCCUGACUGGCUGCUGCCCAGCCCCACCAGGGGUAAUAUAAAUCCGGCUGGUGUUUGAGUUGUGCCGUACUCCGCCCACUGCCCUGCACCACUGCCUGGGCUCUCACUUGCCCAGCACACCGUGCCACUUUCCACUCCGCUUGAAGGAGAGAAAACGAAGGAUGAGCAAGAUGCUGGUUCCUAUUUUCACAGCCCUGCUGUACUUCUCAACGGCGGGAGCCCUCCUAUGCCACAUGUGUGUCAGACUGCAGCCAAACAAGAUGUGCACAGGAUGGAAAUCGUGCAAGGCGGAUCAGGAGGAAUCCUGCUUCGUCCACACACACUCAUUAGGGAACAACUUCGUCUUUGCAAAGAUGGGCUGCGUCAGCAAUUGCCAGGACUACGUCAUAGGCCCAUACAACUGGCACAUCUUCCACUGCUGCACCAAAGACUUCUGCAACGCCUAGGGGCUAUGGACGCCCCCUCACUUCCCACUCACUUGGGAGCAGCUGCACUUCUGGAGGAAGUCCACGUUCUCCCCUCCCCCCCCGUCCCUCCUGGUUUCUCUCCAGUCUGAUUAAAAACCCACCAGAAUCCAAGAUCUGCUGUGGCUCAUGCCUGCCCUCUCCUGUCCUCUGGCCUCUCCCCUUCCCAUGGCCCCCUCCCCUUUGACCCCUCUCCUGCCUGCUCACCCCCUGUCUGUGUCUCUCUGGCCCACUAUGACUCCCUUGGAUAUUGGGUUUGCUGUGGUGCCGUGGGUUAAGGUGACCCAUGCGCCCCCCUGCCCAGCUGUCAUUCAGAGCCCCCCUCCUCCCCAAGAGCAUUAAGGGGCCCCUCUCCCCUGGCAGCGCUCUGAACAGGGUGGGCAGUUUGCCAGUGGGGAAGGCUCCAGUGCCCUCCCUUGACGUUUGAGGGACGGGGACACCGUGCCUGCCACCCAGCCAGCCCUGCUCAAUCCCCCCUCCAUCCGCCAGGCUCCUCCGAAUGCCCGGGGCCAGCCCUGAGCCUGGGGCCCGUGUAACCCAUACCCCGCAGGGCAGUGCUCCCUGUUCCUCUGGCGGUAGCUGGGUACCAGACAGAGGCUGAGGAGCCUGCCACAGCCGUGGCUAAUGGAGCUGGCUGGGUCUGUCAGCUGAGGCGGUCCCGGCUCAUGCGUUAAGGACCCCACCGCCAACGGCCCAGCCAGGGCCAGCAUAUCGUCCACCAUUCCCAAAGGCCAGGAGGAACGAGGGUGGGACUGUCGUUAAGAUACUUUGUGGGGUGGGAAUCUUACCUCCUUAGAAUUUGUUAAUUA